AUGGAAGAUCAUGACGAUAGAAUGCAGGGUGGCUGGGAUGCGAACCAGCACUAUGAUGGGGGUCCAGUCGAGAAUGACGACAACUAUGGUCCUGUUGGCAUCAAGGAAGACGGAAAAAUGUUCAUUGGCGGUCUGAAUUGGGAGACGACGGAGGAAUCCUUGAAGAAUUACUUCUCUCAGUUUGGUGAAGUCAGCGAAUGUACCGUUAUGCGCGACAGCGCUUCUGGUCGAUCGCGAGGUUUCGGCUUCCUGACCUUCAGGGAGCCCAAAUGUGUCAAUACCGUCAUGGUAAAAGAGCACUAUCUGGACGGCAAGAUUAUCGAUCCGAAGCGCGCCAUUCCUCGCGAAGAGCAAGAGCGUACUUCCAAGAUCUUCGUCGGAGGUGUCAGCCAGGAGGCAACAGAGCAAGAUUUCAAACAUUUCUUCAUGCAGUUCGGCCGCGUCAUCGACGCCACUCUCAUGAUGGACAAGGACACGGGCCGUCCUCGCGGCUUCGGCUUCGUCACCUUUGAUGGCGAUGCCGCUGUCGAUGCAACCCUCCAGGGACCUUUAGAGAUCCUUGGCAAGCCAAUCGAAGUCAAGCGAGCCCAGCCCCGUGGCAACAUGCGGGAUGGCGAAGAGGAAAAGAAGGGGUUUGGCAGACGAAAUGGAUCUGACACGAAGUUCGGAGGCCGCAACGAAGGCCAAAACGGAAAUUUCGACGGAUCAGGCAACAAUGCACAGCAAGGAGCCCCAGGCAUGACCGCUGGCAUGUCUCCUGCAAUGAUGGCUCAGUACUGGCAGCGUAUGCAGAGUUAUUUCCAAAUGAUGCGACAAAACAUGAUGGCUGGCGGCAUGGGAGGCCAAGGCAUGACUGGCAACCCAAUGGCAGCCAUUGGUAUGGGCGGUCCCCCUCAGAUGAACCCAGCCAUGAUGUCCGCCAUGAUGGGCGGUAUGGGCGGCCCACCACAGGGGAUGUCACCAACCGGAAGUCCUCAUCCCCAAUCUCCCGGAAACCAAGGCGGCAUGGGACAGAUGAAUCCGGCCAUGAUGGAACAAAUGCGCCAAAUGCAGAUGCAGCAACAGCAAGGAGGUGGCGGUUUCAAUGGGAACGCGGCCAUGAUGAACCAGAUGGGUCCCGCCGCUGCAGGCGCUGCUCGCCCAGGAUUCAAUGCGCAGGAGCAACUCAUCUUCGAACAGCAAAAGUACGAAGCCCAGCAAGCCCGUCGGAUGCAGCAAGGAGGCGGAUUCGGCAGCCAAGGCGGACCCACGAGCUGGGAGGGCAUGUACGACGAUGUUCCCCAGCCGCCUAUGCCUCCUCAAGGUCCCGCCGCCCGCGUUGCCAACCAAGGCGGUUUCCGACAAGCCAGUCCUGCCAACGUCCGAGGAUCACGACAAGGCUCUUCUGCUCCACCGAUUCCGCCCAGCAAUGCACCGGCAAAUGCGCCUACAGGCCCGAAGAACGCUGGAAAGCCAGGUUCGAAUUACCGUGGUGGUGGCAGACAUGCUGGUGGUCGGACCAACUUCCAUCCCUACAAUCGUGGAAACUGAUCUGAGUCCUCGCUUCGGUUCUCUUCGGUUUGCAUGCUUACCGUCGUGGAGCUCAGGCUAUGUCCUUCUGAGCUUUCACCCGAUCCAGGCGCUGUCUUGUCUACUCUUUCCUCUUCUUCUCAUGUCUGGGCAGGGCUUUUUGUUGUGUGUCGACUUAUUCGGUACCCGACGUCUUGACGAAAAUAAUGGGCGUGAUUCUCUUCUCUAGCUUCUAUGGACAGGCGGUAAUGGAAGAGAGGGCUAUGAGCACGGUCAUGAUCACACUCUAAUUGGGGGUCCUGGGUUUGGUUUCUUUUUGCUUCCUACUUUCACGAUGAUGGUGCUGGAGGGCUUUUCUUUCUCGGCGGGGGUCUAAGGAAGGUAGGUAAUGGUUUGGCUUCAGCCUCAAUGCCCGUAGCCAGUCAUCAGUCGGGUUGAGGCUUCACCUUUUGUACAGUAGCGACAGUCCUCAGCUCAAGCCUCUCGAUUCCCACAAAACGUG